CAGCUCCGCUUUUCGCCUGUAUUUAAAAGGCAGUCACAGCUGUGGCAGUCAGGACAGUUUCCUUUUCCUUGACUAGAGGGAAGAAAAGACCAUUAUUGUUUUCUGGCUAAACAGGUUUGCAAAGCCAAGGGAAGAAUGGAUUCCAGGCUAGCGUUAACCAUGGAGGAGCCCACUAAGAAAGACAGUCUCAAGAAAUACAAAAUCCUGUGCGUGGUUCUUCUUGCUUUAUUGGUGAUUAUGUCGCUUGGAUUAGGCCUGGGACUCGGACUCAGGAAGCCUGAAGAACAAGGCAGCUGCAGAAGGAAAUGCUUCGACUCUUCACCCAGAGGAUUGGAGGGUUGCAGGUGUGACACAGGAUGCUCGGGCCGAGGAGACUGCUGCUGGGACUUUGAAGAAACCUGCGUGAAGUCAACUCAAGUGUGGACGUGCAAUUCGUUUCGUUGUGGGGAGAGCAGGCUGGAGAGCAGCCUCUGCUCCUGCGCGGAAGACUGCUUACAGAAGAUGGACUGCUGCGCCAACUACAAGACCGUUUGCCAAGGAGAAGCCUCGUGGGUGACAGAAGCCUGUGCUACAUCCCAGGAGCCCCAGUGUCCAGAAGGGUUUGAUCUGCCUCCUGUUAUCUUGUUCUCCAUGGAUGGCUUUAGGGCUGAGUAUUUACAAACGUGGGUCACUCUGAUGCCGAACAUCAACAAACUGAAACAGUGUGGAAUCCAUUCAAAAUACCUGAGAGCCAUGUAUCCUACCAAAACCUUCCCAAAUCACUAUACUAUUGUUACGGGCUUGUAUCCAGAAUCCCAUGGCAUCAUUGACAAUAACAUGUAUGAUGUGCACUUCAACAAGAGCUUUUCACUUUCUUCAGUGGAGAAAAAUAACCCCGCCUGGUGGAAUGGGCAGCCGAUCUGGCUAACGGCAAUGUAUCAAGGUUUAAAGGCGGCUGCCUACUACUGGCCUGGAUCAGAUGUGCCUAUCAACGGCUCCUACCCUACCAUAUACAAGAAUUACAGCAGUUCUGUCCCAUAUGAAAGGAGAAUCUCUACAUUGUUAAAAUGGCUGGAUCUGCCCAAAGCUGAGAGACCCAGUUUCUAUACAUUAUAUGUGGAAGAACCUGACUCGGCUGGACACAGCGGCGGACCAGUCAGUGCGGGAGUGGUUAAAGCCUUGCAGCUUGUCGACGAUGCCUUCGGCAUGUUGAUGGAAGGUCUGAAGCAGAGGGGUUUACACAACUGCGUCAACAUAGUCCUUCUGGCUGACCAUGGAAUGGACCAGACCUCCUGUGAAAGAGUGGAAUACAUGACAGACUAUUUUUCUCAAAUAAACUUCUAUAUGUACCAAGGACCUGCCCCCCGAAUCAGAACUCUUAAUAUACCCCAGGACUUUUUUACUUUUAAUUCUGAAGAAAUUGUCAGGAACCUCAGUUGCCGGAAACCCAAUCAACAUUUCAAACCCUAUCUGACUCCCGAUUUGCCAAAACGACUGCACUACGCCAAAAAUGUCAGAAUUGACAAGGCUCAUCUUCUAGUGGACCGGCAGUGGCUGGCUACGAGGUACAAAACAAAUUCGGGCUGCAGUGGAGGCACACAUGGCUACAACAAUGAGUUCAAGAGCAUGGAGGCAAUCUUUUUGGCACAUGGACCCAGCUUCAAACAGAACACUGUUAUCGAACCGUUUGAAAACAUUGAAGUCUAUAAUUUACUGUGCGAUCUUCUACACAUCCAACCGGCACCAAACAACGGUACUCACGGCAGUCUAAACCAUCUUCUGAAGGCGCCUUUCUACCAGCCAUCUCACGCAGGAGAAUUGUCAACGCCUUCUGGCUGCGCCUUUACCACUGCUUUGCCUACGGACACACUAAACUGCCUAUGCCCCAUGCUACAGCCUACUGAGCAGCAGCAGCAAGCAAACCAAAGACUAAACCUCACUGAAGGAGACAAAGCAGCAACAGUGAAAACAAAUCUGCCUUUUGGGAGGCCCCGGGUGACGCAGAAGAACAAAGACCACUGUCUCCUUUACCACAGGGAGUACAUCAGUGGGUUCGGAAAAGCGAUGAAGAUGCCCAUGUGGAGUUCGUACACCGUGCCCAAGCCGGGAGACACAUCACCUCUUCCUCCCACAGUCUCAGACUGUCUGCGGGCUGAUGUCAGGGUUGCUCCUUCUGAGAGCCAAAAAUGUUCCUUCUACUUAGCAGACAAGAAUAUCACCCAUGGCUUCCUCUACCCGCCUGCAAUCAAAGGAACUUCAAAUGAGAGUCAAUAUGAUGCUCUAAUUACAAGUAAUUUAGUCCCAAUGUACGAGGAAUUCAAAAAAAUCUGGGACUACUUCCACAAAGUUCUCCUUAUAAAAUAUGCUGUAGAAAGAAAUGGAGUGAAUGUGGUUAGUGGACCAAUAUUUGACUAUAAUUAUGAUGGCCAUUUUGAUGCUCCAGAUGAAAUCACACAAUAUGUAGCCAACACUGAUGUUCCUGUCCCAACACACUACUUUGUGGUGCUGACAAGUUGUAAAAACAAAACCUCCACACCAGACAGCUGCCCCGGGUGGCUGGAUGUCCUGCCUUUCAUCAUCCCUCACAGACCCACCAACGUGGAGAGCUGUCCUGAAAACAAAACAGAAGAUCUUUGGAUUGAAGAGAGAUUUAAAGCACACAUUGCCCGGGUCCGUGAUGUGGAGCUCCUUACGGGCCUUGACUUUUAUCAGGAAAUACCACAGCCUGUCUCUGAAAUUUUGCAACUGAAGACAUAUUUACCCACAUUUGAAACCAUUAUUUGAAUGACUGUAUAAAGCCAUUUGACAAAAUGGAUUUUUUUUUGUU